GUCUAUGGCACUACACAGUAAGGUCUUUUCUGAUUGGUCGUUCCGCAGCGCCUCGUUAAUCCAAGAUGGCGCAGCCCCCGGUGGAGCAUGUUGUCGCAGACGCAGGAGCUUUUUUGAAGCGAGCACCUCUCCAGAACUUCGGGAAGAACAUCUACACUCUGAAAGCCGUGGUGGACGAGAUCCGAGACAAACCCACCAGGAGAAGUUUGGCCUUCCUUCCCUACCAGCUCACCUUCAUAGAACCCCGCGCGGAUGUGGUCAGACUGGUGACGGAGUUUUCCAAGAAGACGGGAGACUACCCCAGUCUGUCGUCCACAGACAUCAAAGUGCUGGCGCUGACCGUCCAGCUGGAACAGGAACACGUCGGAACGCAGAACCUCAGGACAGAACCACAAGUCCAGGUCCAUGUCAGCAGCACGCAGCGCCACCCGGAGACGCCCGUUAACGUGGCGGGAUUCCACUUCCCCUCAAAGAAGUCAAAUGACGGGUGUCCCAGAGACGACGCGGCGUCAUGUGACUCAUCCACAGACGUGUCAUGUGACUCCCAGCUAGUGUCGGAGGAGUUUAACACGUUCCAGUUCUGGCGACAAUCUCUCCCAGACAUCGAGGCCGACCUGCUGAGUUUACUGACUCCAUCGCAGCCUUCGGAAGCAGACAACAAACAGGAAGUGGCAAAGGUGCCCACGCCGUCUUGCGUGUCCGCGUGCGACCAGGACAACUUCAACAGCUUCCUCUUCUGGAGGGAAACGCUGCCCCCUGUUGACGACCUCCUGGCAUUACUGAAGGAAGACGGUGGGGGUUCGGAGGAGGACCAAUCGGAGGAGGACAAAGAAAACGAGCCAGAGGAUGAGGAUGAAGAUGGAGGGGGUUGGAUCACGCCCAGCAACAUCCACCAGGUGAAGAUGGACACCUCUGAUUGGACGACAGCGGCCGAGAUCAAAGUGGGAUGUGUGACCACCGACUUUGCCAUGCAGAACGUUCUGAUCCAGAUGGGCCUUCAUGUUGUGUCUGUCAAUGGAAUGUUGAUCACACAGACCAGGAAUUUCAUCCUGAGGUGUCACGCCUGCUUCCAGACCACCAGCAACAUGAACAAAGAGUUUUGUCCAAAGUGCGGUAACAAAACGCUGAAGAAGAUCGCCGUGACAGUCAGCGAGGACGGCCACAUGCACAUGCACUUCUCCAAAAACCCCAAAGUGCUCAACCAUCGUGGCCUCAGAUACUCGCUGCCGUUGCCACAGGGGGGCAAACACGGCAGCAACCCCCAGUUGACGGAGGAUCAGCGCUUCCCUCAGCAGCGUUUGUCGCGGAAGGCGCGUCAGAAGACCAACGUGUUUGAUGAGAGCUACAUAGCCGGAGCCUCGCCCUUCUGCGAGAACGACGUGUACAGCCGAGCCGCCAACCUGAACAUCCGAGACGCUCAGUGUGGGGGGGGCCGGCGGCGCACCAACCCAAACUGCGCCCGCAGGAAGUUUGUCAAGAAGUAGGAAGCCCCUUGCCCACAAUAACUAACAUAACAAUAAAAGGAUAAGAUAUUCUCUCA